AUGGCGAUACUGCCCAAGGACUGUGUUCAUUCUCAUGUCUUCAAGCCUAGGAAUUUCAGCUAUGGAGAUACAGAGAAACUAAAUUUCCGUCCUUCUGAGAGAAACAGAAAACCACCCACUGCCACCCAGGGAACAGCUGGUGAGGACUGCCAUUCUGAGGACCAUCCUGAUGAGCUUGGGCCCUCUCUUGCUUAACAAGCCUUAAGGGUAAAAGCUGUUAAACUGGAGAAGGAAGUCCAGGAUUUAAUGGUGAGAUACCAGAGAGCUGUAGCUGAUUGUGAAAACAUAAGGAGGCGAACCCAGAGAUGUGUGGAAGAUGCCAAAAUAUUUGGAAUCCAGAGUUUCUGUAAGGACUUGGUGGAGGUGGCUGACAUUUUGGAGAAGACUACAGAGUGCAUUUCUGAAGAAUCAGAGCCUGGGGACCAGAAGCUCACUCUGGAGAAGGUCAUCCAAUGGUUGUCACUUUUAGAAGCAAAGCUGAAAAGUGUGUUUGCCAAGCAUGGCCUGGAGAAACUGACACCUAUUGGUGACAAAUAUGAUUCCCAUGAGCAUGUCCUCUGUCAUGUGCCAGCUGGUGUUGUAGUGCAGUCUGGCACCAUGGCAUUAAUAAGACAAGAUGGUUACAAACUUCAUGGCUGCACCAUUAGGCUUGCCCAGGUAGAAGUGGCAGUGGAGUCUCAGAGAAGACUGUGA